UACCACGCAUUGAUUGGUUGGCUACAACCGCGGAAACACGCCACUUCCGGAGAUCAUGCGUACUUUGAUUCUGCUUGCAAAGUUAAGUCAAUGAGUUACGCGCAUUGAAUUUGAUUAGAAAGUAACUGUUAGCAUUUGCGCAUUUUCCCCAUUCAUGGCGAAGAGACGCACCGACGACUCCUUGUUUUCCCAAUCGCCAGCGAAGAGAAAAUUCCGCUGUCUGUGCCGUGUUGUCGACUUGCAGCUCGAGGGCAUGGCUGCCCGCGGGGGCGUGAGCCCGUCGUGCGCUCUCGCUUUGUUGAGCGGUCGUUGCGGUAAAAGGCCACGGAGCUUGGAAGACUCGGAUGUACCCCAAGAACGAGCGCCUCGGUCCCUCUACAAUACAAACUAUCACGCGCAGACGUGCGGCCUCUCUCAUGAAGAUCUCAGAUCAUUUGCGUCCAAAAAACGACGCCGAGAAGAGCCCGUUGGACUGGAGACCGACACUGCUCCGGUUUACAGUAAAACAGAAGCCGACGCUGAAGAUUGCACUUACAACUCUUUUCAGUACUGGAGGGCCCCUUUGCCUCAGCUCGACCUCUCGCUGCUCGAAGAAGCCACCGAACAUUGCCAAAUACACAAUUCAAAUGUCGGAAACGCAAUGGAGACGUGAAAAUAAAAGAGAAAAAGUCAAGAUUGCUGGAA